CCCAUCAUCCCCAUGGCCUAUGCAACUGCAGACUCGGAUCAGCAGCACAGCUGCACAGCGAAGAUCGACACUCGUCUCGUCGGACUCGACUUUUGGCCCUCAAGUGCGGCGGCUUUUGCGUUUGGGCUGACCGAUCGGACACCGGGGCCAAUCGUUGUGACUGGUUGCACGCUGCUAGGGUCGACAGCAUAUACGGAUCUCUGUUGCGCAUUGCGGCAUGGGUCUCAAGCGGCAAUUCGAUGGUGCACAUAGGGCAAGCGAGGAGAAGAGAGCGGCGGCACCUUCGGACCAGAAUCCGAGCGCGAACCCCAACCCGAACGCAAAGUCGACACCUUUGAAGAGGGCUACGGCGGAUGGAACAUUGAGCUGCGCAGAGUGUAGAAGGUUAAAGUUCAAGUGCGAUAGGCGGUGGCCUUGCAGCAAGUGCAGAGAGAGGAAUUGCGCUCACCUUUGUCCCGACAACACCCUCGAGACACGCAAAGUGAAGACUUCUUCUGCCAAGACUGAUGACGCUCUCUUGCAACGGAUUGCGUUGCUGGAGAAGACGGUCGAGCGCUUUGUCGGCGGGACAGGCGAUGCUCGGCCUGCGGCAUACGGGGGCGACAGUCAAGAUGCGCGACAAUCGACCACGCUUGCCUCCCACGCGUCGGCUCGUCCACCUUUGACUGGGUCAUAUAGUGCUGAUGAGGAGCGUAUGCAGCAUGCUGCUCUACACUCGCUUGCUGAUGCGGCCAUCCAACCCAGAGAGAGCGCCGAAAGCUCCUACACCACCUCGAACAUUAGCCCAAAUCGAGGGAUACCCAUCUCAUACCAGUCUGCUGGACCAGAGGCUCUGGAUAGCCGCGGUCGUGGAACGCUUGCUCUAUCGAGGGACGGCAGGACAUAUUAUGUCGGUCCCAACGCUCAGAGCAUGUACUUCGCCCGCGACACUCAAAGACAAGAAGAAUCCGACGUGCAUACUCGACCUGGCAGUCCUGUGCCGCCAGUCGGUAAUGCGCUCGGAGCACGGGGCGAGCCCGUGGCGAGUCCGUACGAAAAUGAUCCAGGCUCGACGAUGAUUGGAACUUGGACGACACCUGGCAUUUGUUCGCCUCACUCUUCCUCUGCCAUCAUUGCACAUCUACGGCCAAAAUUGCCCAGCCGCGAGCAAGCCAAACAUCUGACGGACCUCUACUUUAUCAACAUGAUCAUGUGGGAGCCCAUCAGUCGUCAAGAGUACGACCAGAGCAUUUUCGACUUGUUCUACGCCAAUACAAGCGUUUCUUGCGCGCUGGAGGGGAACGUAGAAGUUGAUCGAACUGAUCAAUCAGCUCUUCAUCCUCAUCGUCUUGCCAUUCUCUUUGUUGUGUUAUCCAUAGGAACCAUCUUCGAUGUGCGGUCUGCUGCCGAGCCCGAAGCCAGUCGAGAGUACUACAGCUACAGCUGGGCAGCCCUCUCCCUAUCCAAUGUUACCGAGGCUCCUUCUCUCGAGGCGCUCAUCGCGCUGCACCUCAUCGGUUUCUACCUCAAUUCCAGGAGAGGUGGACGAUACGUCGAGAGCUAUUGGGGCAUCAGCGGCCUGGCCAUGAGACUCGCUAUAGCCAUGGGUCUUCACCGCGAUCCCGGUACUUGGAAUCUGCCACAACCGCUCACCCAACGCAGACGCAGAGUAUUUUGGGAGCUGUGGUCUUUGGAUUGCUUCAGAGCUAUCGCCUUUUGUCGACCUCCUGCCCUCUUUGCUCACCAUAUGGACGUGGAAGCGCCGCAGCAGUGGAAUAUGGAUGAUCCCUUUAUCACGGCAAAUGGUGUCUUUCACGCCAUGAAGUGCAAAAUCAACAUCAUCAAUAGCGGCAUGCUGGAUCAAUGCUUGUGUUCCAAUAAAGCAGAGUACAGCGAUAUUCUCAACUACGACGCACAAUUUCGUGCGUGGCUGAAUUCGACGCCGCCACAAAUGCAGCCCACGGUAGUGAGACCCAAUGGCCCCAGUCGUGAAGACGAAGCAGCAUUUCUAGCAAAGGCUGAGCGCGACAAUGCCAGGAGAGAGGCCGAGUUGUCCAGCUCUCGGCCUGCUACGAUCGAGGCGAUGCGCAACGACUUGCAAGCACACGUCCACGUCUUCAACUGCCACCAGUCACUCCUGCUGCUGCACCGGGCUUGGUUCGCAAGGGAGCUGCACCGCCUAGAUCGAACGCAAGACGACAGCGCAUACGCUUCAAAGGUACGACAAUCCGACUCGGAUCCCCUCACCUCUCCCUGUGCCAAGUCCAUCACCACCGUGCUCGACGCAGGGGCCAGCAUCAUCGAGCUUGUUCGAUCGGCAUUUGUGCAGCAUACCUAUGCUGUCUUGCGACAGUACUACAUGUGGGUCGCAGCGUUCUCCGCAGCAGCGGUGCAGAGCUUGUGGGUGGUGCGCUGUCCUGGGCAUCCUUUGUCUAAAGCGGCGCUUUUGAGCCUCGAGCACGCAACCAAUCUCUUCACUGCGGGAGCUCGACUGCACGAAACGCUGUCGAAUCCCUUGAACACGCUGCGUCGACUACUGCGCAAGGCUGAUCUGGCCAUUGCUGUGGCUACUGGUAGCAUAGCCCUGCGCAAAGGAUCGCUGCGUGCAGUUCAAGAUGGCCAAGAGGAGGAUGGCGAUAGUGGUCAUCGCACGCGAGGAACAAGCUCCAGUGAUGGGGAAGAUGGUGGUGAGCUCGACCUCGUCGGAGAAGAGACUAGACUGCUGUCCGACCGUCGAAUCUCGGGUUCGAGGGCCGAUUAUAGGCAGCAACCUGGACUUCGAACGGGCGCAAGGCGCUUGCCGACUAGCAAGACGGAAGACGACAGCAGCCGUAACGCUGGUAGAGGCUCCCUGCACGAGCUGGUUCCCACAACGCCCAAAGGCGAUCCUCGCUCAGCGGUAGACACCAGCCAAGGUCUAGCGACCCUCGCUUAUCCGCUCGAAUCGUUGCACUCUUCUGCUCAAGAUCCCAACUCUGGCGCUUCGUAUGCGCCCAUUGAUUUUGACGCGGAGAGCUUCGCGGGUCUGGACGAUGCUGGCCAGUUGCUGAACCUCCUUUCACGCGGCUUGCCUUGGGACGGCUGGGACUUUCCCCAGAUUGGUGCGCAAUUUUGAGCCUUGAUUCGCUGCAAGACCCAAGCGCGAAUGCAAAAGUAGUGUCAUACCCAAUGUAGCGCCACGUAAGCACGACUCUAUAAUCGGCCUCCUGACCAUCAACGAUGUUGUACUUUUUGUCGUCUGACGCAAUUGAGCGAC